AUGGCCGCCAUGAUGCGUCUUUGUUUCGGCAUGUUCAAUAGACCCGAGGUGGACUUUAUUGACGUGGUGGCCUUCCGCUCCAUGUACUUGAACCACCGGCCCGAAAAGAUAUACGUUCACUGCAGUCCUUGCGGCUUUGUAGGGAACCACACUCGCUUUCUGGAAGGCAUAAACUUCACCUUCAUCCCUGCAGUUUUCCCCGAGGAGGUUUUUGGCAUACCUAUAAAGGUAUCUCACCACGCUACCGACGUGCUUCGCAUCAGAGCUCUGUUGCGCUACGGAGGCUACUACUUUGACAAAGACGUGUUCGUGAUUCAAUCUCUGCGACGCUUCCUCCGAUACGAGGCAACCAUCAACAUUUGGAACGGUGGCUUCAUGGGAAACCAGGCGAUCUUCUCUCACAAGAAUUCGCGCUUCCUUCGUCUCUACCUCGACACCUACCGUCAGUUGAAUGACUCGCGUUGGUAUUACAACGCGGGCCAGGCGCCCUUCAAGGUUCUGCUCCAACCACAUCCGCACCUCGUCCAUGCAAUGUACUAUGGCCUGGAAACCGGAAUGGACAUGCUGAGCGUCCUGUACGAGCCACACGCCUACCCGUACUGGCGCAACGCUUUUGCCGUACACUUCCUGUGGCGUUCACGCGAGGAGUCGCCACACGAUGCAUUGCACGCCGCUCCGUUCAACGAAACCAACAUCCGAGACGUCGACAAUGUCUUUGGACAGAUGGCGCGCUCGGUUCUGUUCGGAACCUCCGCCUUCGUGCCCCCGGAUGCUCCUAUCCUGACCGUCGCCGAGCUCGCGGCUCGAAUGGACCGGGGCGAGGACCUGACCAGCAUGGGCCCCGGAAAUGAGCGGCCAUUUUAUUACCCUGUGAUCAACACCACCAAGUUUAAACGCCAUCACUGACGCAAGCUCACAUGGAGAUUGUGUACGGGGUGCUCUUAAGUUGUGAAUUAAUUUCAAAACUUAACAAAGUGUUUUGGUUUACCGAACAGGGCCAUCGUGCCUAGGCUUAAGUAUUGUGAUGUAUAGUGCAUAAAAAGUUUGAUGAGCUUUUGCAGCGGCAACUGUUAAUGGUUGACUCCCUCGUGGUGUUUUAUGUCUACCGGCGUUGACCGUCUUCCCUUGCUGGAAAACUACAUGAAAGGGUCAAGUUUACUCGAAUUUCUCCUCAGCAUCACCACUCAUUUCACCUUGAUGCGUGUUUUUUGGACCAGUGCUGUCGAAAUAAAGCGCUUGCUUGCGAGAGUCAAAAGCCCAGUGACUACUUAAGGCACUCCUAAAAACCAAAAAAGAGAAAGAACGCAAGCCACUAUCUUGGCCAUUUUAGCCUACUUCUUAUUAGAAAUAUUCUCUACUUCGUUGAACUCUGUCUAAUCAGCUUUCUUUUACUUAGGAGACCGUCGUAUUUCAUCUAUACACAUCUUGUGAAGUGUCUUGUCUUUGGUACUUCUGGCCUUUCGAUUACAAGAGUAAAUGGGCUUAAAUGAAACUGAACGUGUUUCCCUAGCGAAAUUCCUGACAUACUACAUGAGAUGCUUAGGUUGUAGGUUGCAAUUUACGUUUAAAAGGGCAAAUAUAGAAGAGAGAACAUAACAAAUAAGUAAGGGUAAUGCAAGAGAAGAAAAAAGGAAAAGAAAAAUUCUGAAGUAUUUGAAUGGAGAAGCGAUAUGCACCAACGACCAACUUGUACUUUUAACGCAGCAUAGCUGAACGAAGCCGUAAUAGAGGUUUUCCUGUGUUAUCUUUUUCUUUCUACUGUAAUAAAGAUAUGGAACUUUCUGAGAGCCAACCUGAAGUCUACGUGUCAUUUGCAUUAUCAAGAAUGACAUAAUAAUAGGUACUUCCCGUUCAAUAAAUUGUCAAGUCAUUUCA